UAAUUAGAGAGUUAAUGAAAUCCGAAGUACAUCACCGGUUACUGCCUUGCACAUUCCAAGAACCUGAACACGUUCCAACUUAGAACAGCCUGGGUUUAUAAAAACAAAAGUGGGUCACAGCAUUAACAUUCAGUGGGAGUGCAGUGGGAGUCUGAUUCCAACUCUGGCAUUGCUGGGGCUUGUGAUUGAUUUUUUUUCUUUUACUUUGCAAAAGUUUCUGAUGGGCGGAGCAUCUAGUAAUCCCUUUCAUUCCCAAACUGUGUUUCAGCUUUCUUUUGGAGCAAGUGCUUUCCUGCUCUAAUCACAACUUUUAGCUGAAGAGCAGCUGACACAGAGUGAGUGAGCAGUGUGGGCUAUUAAAUGUGCCCCUAAAGGAUCCUCAAAAUGAGAUUUUCAGCACAGGUUGUUUGGCUUAUGUGGUGGACUGUUUGUGUUGCAGAAGAUUGUGAAGGACCGCCUCCAGGAAAACAAAAUGAAAUUUUGGUAGGUGUCUGGCCUGAACAAAAAUAUCCAGAGGGAACUCAGGCUACAUAUAAAUGCCGACCUGGAUAUAGAACUCUUGGAGCUAUUAUAAUGGAAUGCAAGAAUGGAGAAUGGGUGGCUCUUAAUCCAUUGAGGAUAUGUCAGAAAAGGCCCUGUGGACAUCCUGGAGAUACUCCUUUUGGUUCCUUUCAUCUUGCAAGAGGAAAUGAAUUUGAAUAUGGAGCAAAGGUUGUUUACACAUGUAAUGAGGGGUAUCAGAUGCUAGGUAUGAUUAAUUUCCGUGAGUGUGAAUCUGAUGGAUGGACCAAUGAUAUUCCUAUAUGUGAAGUUGUUAAGUGUUUACCAGUGACACAUCCAGAGAAUGGGAGAUUGACCAGUAGCGCAUUGGAACUAGACAAGGAAUAUACUUUUGGACAAGUAGUACGGUUUGUGUGCAAUUCAGGCUUCAUGCUUGUUGGGCCUGCAGAAAUACGUUGCUCAACAAAUGGUGUUUGGAGUGGAGAAAGCCCAAAAUGUGUGGAAAUUUCCUGCCAAAAGCCAGAAAUCGCAAAUGGAAAUGCUGCAUCUCUGAAGAAAACUUACAAGGAAAACGAACGAUUUCAAUAUACAUGUCACCAGGGUUAUGAAUACAGUAUUAAAGGAGAUGCUAUAUGCACUGCAUCGGGAUGGACUCCAACCCCUUCAUGUAAAGAAAUCAUAUGUGCUUCUCCUCACAUUCAAAAUGGUAACUAUGCACCAGAAAGCAUCAGAUACAGAAGUGGAGAUGAAAUCACAUACAAUUGUAAAACUGGCUUUGAUCGUUCAACCCAAGGAAAUACGGCAACAUGUACGAGUAGAGGCUGGGUACCUCAGCCAGGAUGUACUAGGAAUCGUUGUGAUUUUCCACAAAUAAAACAUGGUAGUCUGUACUAUGAAAUUAUCUAUAGACGAGACUUUCCAGUACGUGUAGGAAAAAAAUAUUGGUAUUCCUGUGAGACCAAUUUUGUGACUGCUUCACAAGAGCCCUGGGAAUAUAUUCAUUGCACAAAAGAAGGAUGGUCACCAGAAGUACCAUGCCGCAGACAAUGCAUUUUUAAUCAUUUGAAAAAUGGAGAUAACCCAAAACAAGGAGUAAAAUACGUACAAGGUGAAUCUGUAAGAGUUAACUGCCAUGCUGGCUACAGUCUUCAAAACGAGCAGACCGUGAUGACCUGUACAGAGGGUGGCUGGUUCCCUCCUCCCGAGUGCAUUCUUCUCAAAACAUGUUCAAAAUCAGAGAUAACAAUUGAAAAUGGAUUUUUUUCUCAAUAUGAACUUACAUAUUCCUUAAAUAAAGAAACACAGUAUCAAUGUAAACCAGGAUAUGUAACACCAGAUGGUAAAACUUCAGGAUCGGUUACAUGUCUGAAAAGUGGAUGGUCACCUCAACCCACAUGUAUUAAAUCUUGUGACAUGCCAGCAUUUGAGAAUGCCAAAGCCAAAAGCAAUGUCACGUGGUUUAAACUCAAUGACAAGUUGGACUAUGAAUGCCACGAUGGAUACGAAAGCCAAGAUGGGCGCGCAGGUUCAAUAGUGUGUGGGAACGAUGGUUGGUCUCAUAAACCAAUAUGUUAUGAAAAAGAAUGCAAGAUUCCUGAAAUAGAAAAUAACUUAAAUACUCAGCCCAAAAAAGAAAAUUAUAAAGUCGGAGAUGUGUUGAAAUUCUUCUGCAGACAAAGACUUAAAAGAGUUGGACCAGAUUCAGUUCAGUGUUACGACUUUGGGUGGUCCCCUAAUCUUCCAACAUGUAAAGAGCAAACAAAACAGUGUUCUCCACCUCCUCAGCUCCUUAACGGGAAAGUUAAAGAAACACAGAAAGAAAACUAUGAACACAACGAUUUGGUGGAAUAUGUGUGCAAUCCUAGAUUUCUGAUGAAGGGUUUUAAUAAAAUUCAGUGUGUUGAUGGACAGUGGACAGACUUGCCUAUUUGUAUUGAGGUGGAGACUACAUGUGGAGAUAUACCAGAACUUAAUUACGGCUACGCCGUUCAGACUUCUAACCCUCCCUAUCACCAUGGAGAUUCAGUGGAGUUCAAUUGCAGAGAAGGAUUCACAAUGAUUGGACAGAAAUCAAUUACAUGUAUAAGAGGAUUAUGGACCCAACUUCCUCAGUGCAUUGCAACAGAUGAACUUCAGAAGUGUAAACACAGCUUAACUAUACGUGAGGCGAAUCCAUUAUACAAGACCGAAUUUGAUCAUAAUGAGAACAUAACUUACAAAUGUAGAGGAAAAUUAAAACAGAAACACUCAACGUGCAUAAAUGGAAGAUGGGAUCCUGAACUAACCUGCACAGAAGUACAAAUGCAGUCAUGCCCACCUCCACCUCAGAUUCCCAAUGCUCACAAUAUGGCAACGACGGUAAAUUAUCAGGAUGGAGAAAAAGUAUCUGUUGUCUGUCAAGACAAUUAUAUGAUUCAGGAUGCAGAGGAAAUCGUGUGCAAGGAUGGAAGAUGGCAGUCAAUACCACACUGCGUUGAAAAGAGCCCAUGUCCUCAACCACCUCAGAUAGAACAUGGAACCAUUAAAUCAUCUCAAUUUUCAGAAGAGAUGGACGAACCAUUGAAACCUGAGGUUUAUGUACAUGGCACCAAAUUAAAUUACACUUGCGAGGAUGGUUUCAGGAUAUCUGGAAAAGAUGAGAUAACGUGCCACCUAGGAAAAUGGAGUUCUCCACCUCGGUGUGUAGGACUUUCUUGUGCGCCACCACACUUGAUUCCACAUGGUAUUCUAUCUCACAUAUCAGACAGUUACCAAUAUGGAGAAGAAGUAACGUACAAAUGCACCGAAGGUUUUGAGAUUAAUGGCCCUGCAUUCAUAAGAUGUAUAGGAGGAAAAUGGUCCCAUCCACCAGAGUGCAAAAACACGGAUUGUUUUAGCUUACCCGACUUCGGUAAUGCCACACCCGUAGGCCAGAAGAAGACGUUAUAUAGGUCAGGGGAAAAAGUGACUUAUAAAUGUCCAAAUAAUUACCUUUUGGAUGGACCAAAUACUAUCCAGUGUAUUAACAGCCAAUGGAUAGGAAAGCCAAUAUGCAGAGAUCCUAAUGAAAACUGUGGGCCCCCUCCGCCUCUUGACAAUGGAGACAUGACCACAUUCCCAAAAUCAGAAUAUGCUCCAGGAUCAUCAGUUGAGUACCGGUGCCAGUCCUUGUAUGUGCUUGAGGGAAACAAGGUCAUCACAUGCAGAUAUGGACAGUGGUCAAAACCACCAAAGUGCUUAGAUGUAUGUAUAAUAUCAGAAGACUCCAUGGAAAGACAUAACAUACAAUUACGAUGGUCUUCUGUGAAAAAACUGUAUUCCCCAACAGGGGAUACUGUUGAAUUUGAAUGUAAACCUGGAUAUCGUAGACAGACAUCACAACAAACAUUCCGAGCAACCUGUUGGGAGGGGAAGCUGACCUAUCCUGUUUGUGUAAAAAGCUAUGGUUAAGAUGCAGUCCUAAAACUAAAAUAUGUACAAUAUUGAGAAGUUUUCAUUGUCAAUCCAACUCAGUUUAUUUUGUCAAGUGUUAUUUAGCUCAUUUACUUUCAUAAAUCAGAAUUUGUGUUAAAUAUUA